AUGUCGAACGAGAAGGCAGUCGUACCAGCACCAGAUAUCACAGGAGAUGCUUCGAAGUAUGAAGAAACCCAUGUUCAUGCCAUUUAUGACGAGAUUGCUUCACACUUUUCCGCCACCCGCUACAAGCCUUGGCCUAUAGUGAAACAAUUCAUGUCCUCCCUAACACCAGGAUCCAUCGGGGUCGAUUUGGGAUGCGGAAACGGAAAGUACAUGAACAAUCCAUCAUCUAUUCGGACUAUUGGGAUGGAUAGAAGUCGCAAUCUUCUUGAAGUUGCCAAGCUUGCUCGUCAGGAUGGAUGCGACGUGAUCUUGGGUGAUGUGAUGGAAAUGCCCUGGCGAGCUCACGCUUUCGACUAUGCAAUAUCCAUCGCCACGAUUCAUCACCUCGCUACACAUAGCCGGCGCGUAAAGUCUGUAGAGCUUCUUCUCAAAUCUCUCAAGCCGCAUGGAGGCAGAGCAUUGAUAUACGUCUGGGCAAUCGAGCAAGACGGCGCGUCCAAGCGUGUCAUCCCAACAACGGACGUUCCUCAAUACCAAGCAAGUGGCAUAGACGUUCUAGUACCAUGGGUGCACAAUGUCAAACCUGAAGCUUCCACAGAAAGUAGCCCACCAGUCUACAAGCGGUACUACCAUAUGUUCGCCAAAGGCGAGCUACGAUCACUCGUUGUUGAGGCUGCCCAUGCUCUCCAACUGCAUGUUGGUGAGUCUGGAGAAUCCAACCGUUCGCAGAGAGGACUUCAGAUUAUACAAGACGGAUGGGAACGUUCGAAUUACUAUAUCGAGGCUACAACCUGGGAAAAGGAAUGA